GUAGCUUGCGGCCUCCCUCGCCACUCUCCGCUCGUGCCCGAAGCGCUCUCGUUGCUCAUUGGCUCUUUCUCACGGACAGCAGGAAAAGUGACAGUUUAGCCGACAGGAUCAAAAGAAAUAGAGGCAGUGAGAGGCGGGCACGAGGAGGCCAUUUUGAUUGGUCAUGCAUCAUGGAGGAUAAUGAGGGCAAUGAAAUUACAGCCGCACCAAACACUCAGCACUGUCCCUCAGAUUCCACCACAGAUGACAGUAGCAACCAAGAAGAUUAUGCCUUCCCCGUGUUUGUACGCUCUCCGACUUGUGCCCGCUGCCGCAAUCAUGGCAUCGAGGUCCCACUGAAAGGCCACAAAAACAGCUGCCAGUUCCAGGGCUGCCAGUGUGCGAAAUGUAUCCUUAUUCUACAGAGACGCCGUGUCAUGGCUGCACAGGUAGCCCUACGCAGAAAGCAAGAGAUGGAGCUGAGGAAACAGCUGGCCAGUGCUUCGCUGAGAUUUCCGGACAGCUGCUCGGGAAACUCCCUCGAUUUCGACAAACCACUGAAAGGGUAUAAGCUAUGCAGAGGAGGAACGGAAAAGAAGGAGAAUGAAGAACCCUUGAAAGAUCCAGAGGAUGGGUUCAGGGGGGUCUCAGGACUCCUUCGAAGACAAAGGCGGAGAGCCACAAGAAAGGAAAGCUCCUGGCUGCCUCUGUCUCACUGCUCUAAGGUGACAGAGCCACCCUGGACCUGUGGAGUACCUCAACCAGCCCAUCCUGCGUGGUUCCCCCCACCACUUCCUAUGCCCCCGGCAUCUUUUUGUCCCUUCUUGCCUCAAGAACAUUCCUAUCAGAUUUCAGGAACAAGGGAGAAAUGA